CAUACAAUAAUGUUGAUCGAAAUUAAACAAUUCUCAGGAGGCAGAGGCCGAAUGACGAUAUAAUCAUGCCAGGCCAAGGAAGAAGAACCAGUACACUCGUUGACCUGCCUCCUCCACAGGCACUCUUCACCUUCCUCGUCCACGGGGGAUCUCGCAUGACCAGGACCAGCCGGCCGGCCGACCCACCGGGGCCGGAGCAAGCCACGAAGAGCACCAGGCCGCCGGAGACGAAGGGAGGCGCAGGCGACAGGGAAGGGUGGUCGGAGGUCAGGAUGGCACUAGAGGAGCUCUCCUUGUUCAAGCUCGAGGAGAACAAGACCUCCACCAUGGCCCUUCUUUCCGCCUCCAAUCUGCUGCUCCAUGUCCUCGAUGAGAUUGGUCCUACUAUGCUGGUGCUCAGGCAAGAUAUACACACAAACAUUGAGAGAGUGGAAGAGGUACUCAUGUUGGAUCCAGACCUGAAUUCAAGUUUAGUAGAGAUAGUGAAGAAAGAAGUAGCAGAAGGAACUUCGAGAAAAGCUGGAAGUUGUUCGAGAGCGAUCCUUUGGCUCAUUAGGUCUAUAGUUUUUGGUUUAACUUUGUUCCAAAAGUUGGACAAGAACCCUGAAUUAAAACUUGAGCAAGUGGUGGAAGAAGCAUACGGCGAGGUUCUGAAGCCAUGGCACGGUUGGAUCUCAUCAGCUGCUUACAAGAUAGCUCUAAAACUGGUACCAGAAAGGGAAGCCUUGAUCAGAUUGCUCAUGGGCCAAGAACAGGAUUAUGAAGCUCUGAGACAAGAUAUCAAGAGCUAUGUGUUGGUGAUUCAGCCUCUUUUAGACGAAACAUGUGCCCUCUUGAGGAAUCAUCAGUUGGACAAAUUCAAGUCGACAUGAUGAUCCACCAUUGUAUGUAUAUUUCAUGUAGAUAAAGUGAGGGCAAAUUGUACAGUCAUUGCUUCAGUUUGUGUUUACUGUCUGCUUACUUGCAAGUCUUGAAAGAGAAGAAAAAAAAAGAGAAGAAUUGUUGUAGUGGCUUCUUGUUUGGGGGGUGUUUCCAAGAGUGAAAAAUGUUAUAAUUCUUAUUAGAAGUCUUAAAUAAUUAUGAAA